UUUAAGCUACAAAUAAAAUUACCCUGUUAACUGAGAGCAGCUACGCAUUGGCCACAUGUUUGUUCAUUAAAGAGAUUGUUAAAGACGAACAGAGAAACAGAGGCUACAACAAAUGGCCUCCUUCGUCACCUUCUCAUCAUCAUCACCACCAGUCUUGUCCCAAACCUCAUUUCUUCCCUCUCCACCAUCUCGUUCCUUCAUACCCAUCACCCAAUUCAAGAAGAGUUGGUAUUGGGGUUGGAGAGUGAAUUGCAUGUCCUCAGGUCCAACUCCAGAUAUUGAAUCAGAGCCCAAAACAACAACGUCUUCAUCAUUCUCUAAUUGGAGUAUUUCUACAAACAGUUGGUGUGCAGCGCUCGGAAGUAUUGGGUUUCUUGAAACUGCAUACUUGACUUAUCUCAAGCUCACUAAUUCUGAUGCCUUCUGCCCAAUUGGGGGUGGUAGCUGCGGUGACGUUUUGAACAGUGAUUACGCUGUCGUUUUUGGUGUUCCACUUCCAGUAAUUGGAAUAGUGGCAUAUGGUUUAGUGGCCUCACUUGGUCUACUAUUGCCCGGAAAGAAUUUACCUUUUGGAAUUGGGGAGGCUAAUGGUCGUUUGAUUUUGCUUGCUAGCACUACGUCCAUGGCAGCUGCUAGUGGAUAUUUUCUUUACAUACUUAGCACUAAAUUUUCAGGAGUGUCUUGCUCAUAUUGCAUAUUCUCAGCUUUCUUGUCAUUCACCUUAUUUUUCAUCACUUUAAAGGAUUUUGGCUUGCAAGAUACACAAAAAGUAUUGGGUUUGCAAAUUUGUGUAGCAAGCUUAGUGGUUGCUGCCUUGAACGCCUCAUAUGGUACUUCUCCACCUAUCUCCUCAAGCAGUCUGGCUGAAGUCGACCUACCAUAUGUUACCUAUGAGAUAACUGCACCAUCAAGCCCGUUUGCACUUUCUCUUGCAAGACAUCUAAAGUCUAUAGGAGCUAAAAUCUAUGGAGCUUUCUGGUGUUCUCAUUGUUUAGAACAAAAACAGAUGUUUGGGAAGGAUGCAUCGAAAAUGUUGGACUAUGUGGAAUGCUUUCCCAAUGGGUAUAGAAAAGGAACUAAAAUAGCCAAGGCAUGUGCAGAUGCUAAAAUUGAAGGGUUUCCAACAUGGGUGAUUAAUGGCGAGGUUGUGAGUGGAGAACUGGAACUGUCGGAACUCGCACAACUUUCAGGUCUUGAACUUAGUAACUCAAGUCAACCUACUUAAGUCAAGAGUAACCUGUUGUGUAGCUUUAGCACAUGUACAGCUUUUAUAGAUGAUCUUAAACUGCGUAAUCAAUAGAAUAUGAAUGGUCAGGAUACUGGAUUUGUUAUUUGGUGCCUCAAACAAAAUAUUCGCUCUGGCUAUUAUUUAUACAACAAGAGGUAUUCUCGAUGAAAAAUUAUGAUUUUGAUGA